AGCCGUGUGACCUGCACAGCGUACUAGUUAUCAGCUCUGCUCUCAGUCUUAAACUGCACGUGUACGAGAAUGUAUAACUCGGGAACGUUAUCCCGAGGCCAGUGGUUCUGUGUCUUCGCUUUGGUACUGCUCCAACAUACAACAGUACACGCAGGACGACAUUCAUUCAGACAGCUAUGCAUCACUGAAGGACAGCAGCGAGGACGCUGCGUGCCGGUCAAACAGUGUGACAUUGUGCUGACGAUGCUGCGCCAAGAGCACCACACGAACGAAGACAUCCAAUAUCUGUACGGCACAGAAUGUGGUCGAACACCGGACGGGAAAGCACUCGUCUGCUGUCCCCAAAGUUCAGUCCUACCGAUGGGCAAUGGAGAAGGACCUGCUAGUGCACUUAACACAACCAUCCGUGUGAAUGCCGAAGAUAAACGGCCAGUUGAAACGCUUCCUCCCCAAACAUCUCCUCCAGUGUGUGGAUUGCAAUCGGAAGUGAAGCUGGUCAAUUAUACCAUUGGCCAUCACCCAUGGACUGCACUCCUCCACUACGGGAAUCGGGCACAUGACAGCAGGUUUAACUGCAGUGGUACACUUAUCGCGUCCCAGUACGUACUUACAGCGGCAAGCUGUGUGGAUGACGUUGAAGCAUGGAAAAACCUCACAGUGCGCCUUGGUGAAUGGGAUCUGGAAUCAACGGUCGACUGUAUACUGUCGCCAGACAGUGGCGAUCUCGUGUGUGCCGAUCCCUCGUACGAUGUGCCUGUGACACAGGUGAUCCUGCACGAAUCGUACUCCGGACGGCGUAAUGAUAUUGCUUUGCUACAACUUUCUCAACCAGUGCAGUACAACGAUUGGGUCUUCCCGAUUUGUCUACCACUGUCACCGAUGCUUGAUGAAUCGGUGUCCGCGUACAGUGCGGCCGGCUGGAACCAAAACACAUGCGAGGCGUUGGGAAGUCGGUACAAGCAGGCCAACGAUUACUCUCCACUGAAUCAGACGGCCUGCCAGCGGUACGUGCCAUCGGUUGCGGGAACGUCGUACAACUUUGUGUGUGCCGUUUCCGACGGGCAAACGAUCGGCGAUGCUGGCGGUGGUUUGGCGGGGAUGCGAACGGGGACCGUACGCGAUCCGAGACGGCAGGUGUAUGAGGUGGUUGGUGUGCUUAGCUCGCUGUCGAAUUGUGCAAACUUUGACGGUGUUUCGGUGUACACGCGAGUCGGGCAAUACGUGGAUUGGAUCGAGAGCAAGCUGGAGCCGUUGUCGGCUCAGUAAUUUGUGAAAUGCUUUAGCGGGACUCAGUAGCGUAUAUUGUCACUACUUUUUUUGUACCUUGUUUAAUUAAAUGCAUACUUCAUCGGGAUUCGUCAGAUUCCUACGGUUCCAGAUUGCUAACGAUCCAUUCGAUGUACUGAUUCACUCUUGUGUACACACCUGGCACUCCCUCGAGCCCGCACCGUUUACCGAAGCUGACCACGCCGCCCAGAAACAGCACGCCCUGCCCAUUGCUCUGCCCGACGUACAUGAGCGGACCACCGGAAUCACCACGGCAGGAAUCUUUGUUCAACGUACCGCCCGCGCACACCUGCGUCUGAUCGAUGUUAGCUUCCGGGUACUGCGCCCGGCAAGCUUGCUCCGGAACGCCCGACACUCCAACGAACAGUUUGUAGCGACUUUGCGGUGCUAAAAGCAGAGAGCAAUGUGAAGUGAGCAUUACCAAACGGAAGUGACGGAAGAUUGCAUCGCAUCGCAUCACGUACCAUCCUCUGUUUGACCCCAACCGGCAACGACGAACCGUUUACCAUCGUACGAAAUCGAUCGCUCUGCCGGCGCCAGCGGCAAACAGAUCGGCUGCACGUAAUCGUUAAACUGUGCAAGGCGCAUCAGUCGCAACAGCGCAAUAUCAUUCUUCACCAACAUCCGCGUGACGGUGUAGCUGGGAUGUACGAUCGCUUUCUCGAUCGGUAUGUCCUGAACAGGAUCGGCGCACAGCUGUUCGCCGUACGAUGUGCUGCAGUCGGUGGUCGAUUCGAGAUCCCACUCACCUAGCCGGACGUUCGUUCUGAAACAGAAAAUCCCAACCCAAGCAUCAAAGGUUAGUCUUAGCGUAGGACAAACCAAGGCGUUACUGCGGACACUUACAGAGUCCAGGUCGUUUUGACACUAUUGAUGCAAUGGGCCGCCGUCACUACGUAACGUUGAUUGAUCAGUGUUCCACCGCAGUGAAACUUCAGGUCACCAUCUGAAACGGAAGGUGAACGGCACAGGGUACAGUCAGUCAGGCGGCUACUUCCCGACGCUCUCGUUCACAACUUACUCUUGCGGCGAUGCUGAAUCAGAGCGAUCCAUGGAUACUCGUCGAUUUGGGCCCGUUCCCCGCCAAUGAUGCGAUCCGAAUACUGGAUGCCACAAUCGGCCGGCAGUAGCCGCAAUCGAUCCUCGUACGACAAUCGACUGCCGACCGUAGUCUGGCCAAUGGCUGGUCGUUGCGGUUGCUGCUGGAAGGGUGGUUGCGUUUGUACGGGCCGUUGCGUUUGCUGGAACGUUGUUGUGGCUGGCAGUCGCGUUUGCACGAACGGGGCAUUUGUAGUGGCUGGUGGUCGUGUUUGAACGGGUGGUUGUGCGUUGGCCGGAAUCGUAUUUUCCGGAGCUUCACAGCAAACGAGUAUUUUCUUUUCGAGAAUUCCACACCGGCUAGCUUCCAGGAAACGCACUACGUUCGACGUCAGGAGUGGUUGAUUUAGCAGCCCCAGGAUCCGCGGACACUGGCUCACGGUUACGCAGAUUCCGCCGCGCUGAUCGGGCGUUCGACAUUGGUUUUGAUCUGGCCGGGUGAAAAGUAAAAGGAUUGAAAGCAGUUAGCAGCAAUUACGCUAGGUGUACGGCGGUGUAUUCGGGCUGUUGUCAGUUGUUUGGGAUUCCCUGGGCUGACAGGCAGUUCAAAUCCAAAACACAAACCGACACACACACUCACACUGAGCUACGGUCGAUUGUAGCAUGCACACGAUGACGACGGCAAUUAUCAACACCGCUACCUGUACACGGCCACGUUCCAAAGGCAUCUCGUUUCGCAGGGGGGAGUCUAUACGAUGUUGAGCUGUCUGUUCGGUGCUCGGCUCCUUACACCUGUUCGUCGACAGGUAGGUGAUUGUCGGUGCGUACGGUUCGACUGUGCAACGGAUACUAACCGUCGGCGAGCGUGAGCAUAAGCAGGUGGACGUGCCUUUCCCGGGCACUGCUCCGUGGUGAUGAACCGAUGCGAACUUCGCACGUUUCGAGGCGUUUAGGGAACUCCUUUAGGUGGUGGAAACGAGUUUUUGGUUUCUUUUUUUUCUCCUAUUCCCCUGCGCUGAACUACAUAUUUAAUGACAACCUAGCCAAUUAACAAUAGCGGAGCUGUGUGGUUGGGCUUCAUUAUCAAGCCCGCACAAGGAAAUGUAUCCGAGGGGCGAGAGCGUGAGUUCUUCAUUUUACACUCGAUGCUAUUAUCGCUAAAACGUUAAUCCAGAAAGUUACGAAUGGUUUUUUUGAAACCCAUUUUAAAUUUUUACUGUUGGUAAUUUAUUCAGUAUCACCACAUAAGCUCCGGGAUUUCUGUAUCUUUCCACCAAGAUUUUACCGGUCUUUUUGUCACAGGUUCUUUACUCUCAGCUCGACAAACUUGUUUUCAGACGUAUACGAUUCCUUAAUAUAGGUAGAAUCGUUUCAAAAACCUUUAAACUUAAAACCAAUGCUAAAGAAAGUCGUUUUUCUGUCCCAACUUUUCAAGGAAAACAACUGGUGGGAAUUCUACUUUUUGGAUAGUAGCAAGAAGUAUGUAAGGGCAGGUUUUUAUCACCAGAAUUUAAAAAUAGAAAUUCAUUCACUGAUACCAAUAAGACAUCCCCACUAUGUAUAUAAGAAAUAAUGUCUGUCGUUACGGUAUGUAAGGAAACGCUGUUACUACAUAGAAAAUAAAACUUAAUUUUUUAUCACCAAAGUGAUAAAGAGUUGAAGUCUAUUGAAAUUCUGAUAAAAUAAAAUUUAUUCUAGGUAACGAAAACUGAAACUCGGUUAAAUUGGUUGGUUGGCAAGUUUAGUUAGAGACUUGGAGUCUUAGGAACUCGUUCAUCUGGCUUUCCCACUGUAGACGCAGAAAACCUGUUGGAAUAACCAAGAAUAAAAUGCAAAACGUUAUCGAAAAGAACCAUUAAAAAACAAACCUUCUCCAUGUUGCGUGAGACGUUCUUUCUGAAAAUAAAGUAACUAAAGCAUCA